GGAGUGUUAUCAAAGUAUUCACGUAAACACGUUUUCUGCAUGCUUUUCAUUCAUAACAAACACUUGAAUUUCGUCUAAAGGACUGCUUUCCUUUCAUGAAAUCAAACACGACACUAAUCUUUGAGCAGUAAAUUGAUUUCCUUAUCUAAUUGACAAGAUAAUGAGAAAUAUCACCGAAUAACCAAUUCGAGUCAGUAGAUAAAAAGCGCUGAAAUCUUGGGACAUUGUCAGUUCGCAAUAGCUUUGUCAGUCUUCUCUCAUACGGUGGUGCGCUUGAUUGGAUUCGCAUAAUAUUGACCAUGGUUUCCAAAGCGUUUUUAAUCUUCAUUUGUGCAAUCUAUUCUGUGAUCUGUGCGACCAGCCAAGUGGAUGAUAUAAGUGAACAUGAUAUGCAUCCACAAUUCAGAGAUCUGCCACGAUCGAAAAAUGUUCGAGCCAAUGAGAUGGAAGCGGAGAUAGAAUACUGGAGAGAAUCAGCCCAAGAACGCUUACGCUCAAAACUUCAGAUUGAAAAUUCGUUAAACACAAACCGUGCCAAAAAUAUCAUAAUGUUUCUUGGUGAUGGCAUGUCUCUCCCAACUGUUGCCGCUACCAGAAUGUAUAUGGGUGGAGAAGAGGAGCAACUAUCAUUCGAAAAGUUUCCGCAUUUCGGAUUAUCAAAGACGUACUGUGUCGAUCGUCAAGUAGCUGAUUCGGCUUGCACGGCAACUGCCUAUCUGCAUGGGGUUAAAGGUAACUACGGAACGAUCGGUGUAAACGCGCAGGUACCACGAUAUGAUUGUCUGGGUGAAACCGAAGAAUCUAAGAGAACGGUAUCGAUUGCCAAAUGGGCACAGGAUAACUGCAAAGCCACUGGUAUCGUAACUACUUCACGUGUGACCCAUGCUUCACCAGCUGGCGUAUAUGCGCACACUGCGAACAGAGAUUGGGAGAACGAUCAAGACGUCACCGAUGCUGGUUGCCAUGAUGCGCGUACAAGGGAUAUUGCUUUGCAAUUAAUUGAGGAUGAUGUGGGCAGAAAUUUGAAAGUUGUUAUGGGUGGUGGACGCAGAGAGUUUCGUGAUCGGAAAAUAUUUGACGAAGAGGGUGAGACAGGCUUCCGUAAUGACGGCCGAGAUUUAAUCGAUGAAUGGUUGGCGGAAAAGAGAUCACGCGGAAAUGCUUCUUAUAUUUGGAGUAAUCAGGGUCUGAAGGCCAUUGACCAUGAGAAUACCGACUAUUUACUUGGACUGUUUGAACCCAGUCACUGUUUGUAUAACAUUGAAAUUGAGCAAAAUAAUUUGCAAGAAACGGAACCAUCACUUAGCGAAAUGACCGAAGCCGCGAUUAAGGUGCUACAGAAGGAAGAAAACGGAUAUUUCCUGUUUGUUGAGAGCGCCAGAAUAGAUUUGGCACAUCACGACACAUUGGCACGUAUCGCUCUGGACGAAACUAAAGAGUUCAGCAAGACCAUUGAUAUUGCUAGACGAAUGACAAGUGAAAGUGAUACCUUGAUCGUUGUGACAUCAGAUCAUGCCCAUGUCAUGUCAUACAAUGGAUAUCCGCGACGCGGAAACGACAUACUUGGACUAUCUGGUCGCACCGGCAGCGACAGCCUUCCCUACACAACACUUAGUUACGGAAAUGGCAUUGGAUACUACAAUACGUACGAAAAUGGCGUUCGUAAGAAUGUUGCCUCAUUAGAUUGGACGAAUCCGUACACAGCCUACAUGGCAACUGCUCCAAGAGACUCGGAAACGCACGGAGGGGAUGAUGUUGGUGUGUACGCGUCCGGACCUUGGUCACAUUUAUUUGUUGGCGCCUAUGAGCAGAGCAAUAUACCCGUUGCCAUGGCAUACGCAGCUAAAAUCGGACCAUAUGUUGCUGAAUCGGAUGAGACGUGCAGCGGUGGCAAUGCAUUGAAAUUACCAUUAGUUGUCAUGGUCGUUAUUUGCUUGAUGAGAUUUAUGUUUUAGUUUUAUAAGGCGUAUCUCAUGUUAUGUUGAUGAAUAAAGGAAAUAUUUAAUUUAUUUGACUAAA